UCCAUAAAACCAGCAAGCGUGAUCAGUUUUUAAUGAAGUUAAGGGGGGAGUUUGAAACAAUCAGGUCUAACCUGAUGAAUAGACAGUUAGUUCCUUCAAUGAAUAUUUGUGUAGGAGAGCUUCUCAGGGAAGAACAACGGCUCACUACACUGGCUGUCUUGGAGCAGAAAGCUCAAAAUUCUGCUCCAAUUCCUGUUGCCUACGCUGCCCAAAGGAGAUCUAACGGAGGCAGAGAUAUGACUAAUGUCCAGUGUUAUAGUUGCAAGAAUUUUGGUCACUUUGCCAAUAAUUGUACUAAAAAAUUCUGCAAUUAUUGUAAGAAAGCAGGGCAUAUCAUCAAAGAGUGUUCCAUUCGGCCUCCGAAGAAACAUGAAACUGCCUACAAUGUCUCGGUUGGUCCCUCUAGUGUCUCCAAUGCUGGUCAGUCUACGAUUACCCCUGAAAUGGUCCAACAAAUGAUAGUUUCUGCCCUAUCAGCCUUUGGUUUUUCAGGAUCAAGUGUCCGGGAAAAUGAUCGCGAAGGGGCCUAAAGUGGGACGUCUUUUUCCCUUGUUUUUGUCUCCUCCUCCAGUGUCAAAUUAUGUUGCUUGUAAUGCUGUCCAAAGUAAUAAUCAGGUGUGGCAUAGACGUUUAGGACAUCCUAAUUCUCAUGUACUUCGAAUCUUGCUUAAAUCUGGUUUACUUGGGAAUAAAAAUUUUUCUUCUAAUAAUGAUGUUGUUGAUUGUGCAUCCUGUAAACUUGGCAAAAGCAAAACUCUUCCUUUUCCAUUGCAUCAAACCCAUACCACCAAACCUUUUGAACUCGUGCAUACUGAUGUAUGGGGUAUUGCACCUGUAAUCUCUCAUGAACAUUACAAAUACUUUGUUACAUUUAUUGAUGAUUUCACUCGUUUUACUUGGGUAUAUUUUCUUAGGACUAAGAGUGAGGUUUUCUCUGUGUUCAAGGUCUUUCUUGCUUUAAUUGAAACACAG